ACUCUACAGGAGAGGGAGAAGUAUUCAUCAAUGAAGUUGCAACCAUCGGACUAAUCCACCAUGCCAAUAUUGUCCGCCUCGUGGGCUUUUGCUCUGAGGGGACGAGACGGGCUCUUCUCUAUGAAUUCAUGCCUAAUGAUUCGCUGGAGAAAUACAUAUUCUCCAAUGAUUCUAAUGUUUAUCAAGAUCUCCUAGUACCUGAAAAAAUGCUAGACAUUGCAUUGGGCAUCGCCAGAGGAAUGGAGUACCUGCACCAAGGAUGCAACCAGCGCAUCCUUCACUUUGACAUCAAGCCACACAAUAUCUUGCUGGAUUACAACUUUACUCCGAAAAUCUCAGACUUUGGCCUUGCAAAACUGUGCGCCAGGGAUCAAAGUAUUGUCACCUUAACCGCAGCAAGAGGUACUAUGGGAUACAUUGCACCAGAGCUAUAUUCUCGCAACUUUGGGGGCGUAUCCUACAAGUCAGAUGUAUAUAGCUUUGGUAUGCUAGUGUUGGAAAUGGUGAGUGGAAGGAGGAACUCAGACCAAGGUCUUGACAGCCAGAAUGAGGUUUACCUCCCGGAGUGGAUCUAUGAGAAAGUAAUCACUGGCCAGGACUCAGUACUUACAAGGGAAAUGACGGAGGAAGAGAAAGUAAAGAUGAGACAGCUGGCCAUCGUGGCACUGUGGUGCAUCCAGUGGAACCCAAAGAACCGGCCCUCAAUGACAAAUGUGGUAAAUAUGUUAACAGGGAGGUUGCAGAAUCUACAGAUACCACCAAAGCCUUUUGUUUCAUCUGAAACAUACCCUGUGCAGUAAAACAUGGAGAACACACUACCAUAAUUAGUCGAAUAACUGAGCUAUCCUCACGUGUGUAUUUUGGACUUUCAGUAACCAGCAUGCAAUACUUCAAGUAGUUGCAGCAUAUCAGAUUCAUUUCGUAUUUAACACUUAAAUUAUGAUAGAUAUGAUGGUUACCUUAUUAUGUUGUUGUAGUGAUUUAUCCUCACUCGACUAAUUCUGCAAUGCAGUUGUCUUCCACGAAUUCCUCACAUCAAAAUGAAGUGCAUGAACUGACACGAGUUUUGGACUUUGUUACAUGGUGCGAACAGGGCAAUUGAUAUCAAUUCUAUCCCCACUAUAAUUGGUUGUUCCUGGGACCUGAAAUUGUAUUAAGAUAGUCUUAGAUUUAUACCAUAAAUGCCUUGCUGGU